AUGUUUUUCGAUCAAUCCCCAACUUAUUGUCAAGAUGAUCAAAUAGACGGAACUAUAGGAACCGAAGGAAGAAUAUGCUCUAUUGAUCCAGAUGCUCCAAAUUCGUGUGAUCUUUUAUGUUGUAAUAGAGGGUAUCAAAGUCACAUUGAAGAAGUAAUAAGUAAAUGCAAUUGUAAAUUCCAAUGGUGUUGUCAAGUUAUUUGUGAGACUUGUAGAAACUUAACAGAAGUUUUUACUUGUAAAUAA